UCACAGCCACAUUUUGGAUUACCACAGCCGCUGCGGAGAAGCUCACUAUUCGCUGUCCUCGGACCAAAAAGCAGAGCGGGACUGCGAUCAGCAACCUGUCCACAAAAAAAAGCUAUGAAAAUGUCAGUGGGGGAGAUCAUCAGGGAGGGAGAGCUGGAGAAGAGGAGCGACAAUCUCCUCCAGUUCUGGAAGAAGAAGACGUGCGUCCUGACCAAGGACAGCCUCAACAUUUACGCGGCCACAGACACGCAGAAACGCUCCAAGAGCAAAGAGAUCAAGUUCCAGUCCAUCAAAAAGGUGGACUGCGUGGAGCGCACCGGCAAAUUCAUCUAUUUCACCAUCGUUACAAAUGAUGACAAAGAGAUCGACUUCCGGUGCUCCGUGGAUCAAACCUGCUGGAACGCAGUGAUCACCAUGGCUCUGAUUGAUUACCAGAACAGAAAGGCGCUCCUGGACUUUAAGACGCGGCAGGACAAUGACGGCGCAUCGCCCGGACAGGAGAGGCGCAUGGCCCGCGCGCCCUGAGCCGCUCCAGGGCGCAGGCUCAAAACCAUCCUAAUAUGAGUCUACAGGGACUUUUGAGG